GGGAACUAUAUUCAGUAUCUAUCUCAUAAUAACCUAUGAUGAAAAGAAUCUGAAAAAGAAUAUAUGUCUAACUGAAUUGCUGUGCUGUACACCUGGAACUAACACAACCCUGGAAAUCAACUAUACUUCAAUAAAAAAUAAUCCCACAGAAAACUUCUCAUACAUCUUUUAAGACUCAUUUACUCCAUAGAUCACCUCUGUCCUUUCUUUUUCUUGUCAUUUGUCUGUUGAAGAACCUGGGCCUUUGAUCACAGAAUUUCCCACUGUCUGGCUUUGCGGGUGGAACUUCCACGUCUGCUGGUUCCUCUUCAUAAGUUAGCAACUGUUGAGGCUGAACACCUCUACCUAUGAUUUCGCUGUGGACAGCAGAAUGGCCUGGCGCAGGCGCUGGUUCGUGCUGCGGCGGGGCCGCCUGAGCGGCGACCGCGACGUCCUGGAGUACUACCGAAGCCAGCGCGCCCGCAAGCCCAUCCGCACCAUCGACCUCAGCGAGUGCGCCGUCUGGAAGCACGCGGGCCCGGGCUUCGUUCGUAAGGAAUUCCAGAACCAUUUCGUGUUCAUUGUCAAGACUGCAUCUCGCACGUUCUAUCUGGUGGCCAAGACCGAGGAAGAAAUGCAGGUGUGGGUGCACAGCAUCAGUCAGGUCUGCAACCUCGGCCACCUGGAUGACAGCGCAGAUUGUGUGGAGAGUGGCUCUCACGCGCCUUCCUGCGUGCAGCCCUCUGCCGCCAGCUCCCUUUGCACCGCCCCUGCUGUCAGCUCCCUGCCAAGAGAUGACCCAAGCACUAGUACUGUAGCCACUGAGGAAACCGGAAGUGAGUCAGAGUUUCUCUUCCUUCCUGAUUAUCUGAUUCUAUCCAACUGCGAGACGGGAAGACUGCACCACGCCAGUCUCCCCACCAGAUGUGACAGCUGGUCAAACUCGGAGCGCUCACUGGAACAGGGGUCCUUCGACGACGUUUUUGUGGACGGCCCGCAGCCACUGCCCUCCGGGAACCUGGCCUGCCCCUCACGCCCUGGGAACAGUUCUCAAGAGGCCCCUUCCACGAGGCCCCCGGCUGCCCUGAUCUGCACGAGACAUGUCAAUGGCCCGUCCAGGGACCACUUUUCUUUACCGGUGCUGGAAACUUCCUUAAACUCCACCGUCCAGGUAGAUCAAAACCAAGCUUCCUUGCCCUACGGGGUAAAAGAACUAGAUGUUAUGUCCAACACGCCACCUCCCCGCCCCCCCAAGCCAAGCCAUCUCUCUGAACGGCGCCAUGAGGAGCAGCUCCUGUGCGGUGGGCCCAGUAGCAUCAAGAAGCCGGAAGGCACUGUGGUACCGAGAAGAAUCUCUCUCUCUGGUUUAGAUAACAUGAGAACCUGGAAAGGUGAUGUAGAAGGCCAAUCUUUAAGACACCGAGAUAAGCGGCUAAGUUUAAAUUUGCCGUGCAGGUUCUUCCCGAUGUCCCCUCCAGCUUCCGCCAGCACUGAGGACAGCUACGUGCCCAUGAGCCCCCAGGCCGCCGCCUCUGCUCUCGGACCCCACUGCAGCCCUGACGACUACAUCCCAAUGAGCUCAGGAAGCAUCUCCAGCCCAUUGCCCAAGCUCCCGGCGGACCUGGAGCCUCCCCCCGUGAACAGAGAUCUCAAGCCUCAGAGGAAACCACGGUCACCUCCCCUGGACCUGAAAAGCCUCUCCACCAUCCGGGAACACACGUCUCUCACCAGGACCCGCACUGUGCCUUGCAAUCGAACCAGCUUUCUCUCUCCAGAAAGAAAUGGUAUUAAUCCUGCAAGAUUUUUUGCCAAUUCUGUUUCCAGAGAAGAGGAACAAAGCUACAUGCAAAUGGAGGAGCACGGAGAAGCCAACUUGCUGAGCAGUGGAGCUCUGACGUGGACGAGGAAAUUCAGCCUGGACUAUUUAGCCCUGGACUUCAACUCGGCGUCACCAGCCCCUGUGCAGCAGAAACUUCUCUUUUCAGAGGAGCAAAGAGUAGACUAUGUCCAAGUGGAUGAGCAGAAGACGCAAGCUCUCCAGAGCACCAAACAGGAGUGGACGGACGAGAGGCAAUCCAAAGUGUGACGGGGCUGGGCUGCGGGCAGGGGGCUCUGAGGGAGGCCAGCCCUUGUCACCGGCCACGCUGGCCCCUGCCAAGCCUCAGGCCGGUGGACCGGGAUGUAGAAAACUCCAUUCGGGCAGGGUAGGAACAAUCAAAGCAAAAGUGGCGUUAGAAAUCUUCUCCGGUGGAGCCUUUGACGUGCAGAUUGGAGCCAACAGGAUGACAUCUUUUGACUCCAACGCCUGAAGUUUCGAUCUCUCUCCUGUGCUUCCACUGGAAUCAUAAAUGAUCCUAGGAGAGACGCGCCUGGGCACCAUCUUGUCCCCACCCCUGAAGGCACAGUGCAAGACACCAAGCCUAGUGAUGGUGGCAGAAGGACAAUGCGAGUGACAGGAGCCUUGAGUCCCGAGGUCCGUGAGGAGCACAUCAGAUGAGGCUGGUGGCUCUAAGGACAGCGUGCUUAAGCAGCCACCUGUGGCUGGGUGUCCCAUUGCUGUUGGCUUUCUCCCGGCAUGCUUUCACACGCAUCGUCUCAUCUCUUCCCCUCAAAGACCUCGGAAGCUAGGCUUGGCGGAGAUCACUGCUCCCACUUUGAGGAAAACAAUACCAAGAACCAGAGAAGGGAACGCUUGACCCAAGACGACUCGUGGAGUGAGACAGCAAGUCAGGCUCCUUCCGCCGUCUAAUGCUGCCUCAGUCACUUAGGAUGACUUCAGAGACACGUGGGAAACACGUGCGGACACGGGGUGGCUCAUCCUCUCCUCUCCCUUUCACAGGAUC